CUAGAGGGAAGGCGGUAUCGUGGGACGCAACUCCAGCGAACACCCACCACAUCCAGCGCUCCAAACUGGAGAAAACCGCCGCAUGCUGCCUCUUGGGUUCGUGAGGCCUUCUCGUUGGUGAUCCCGCAUCGUGUUAACAGCCGUCGACUCGACUGAGGACCUGACCCACUGUUGUCUCAUCCCCCCAGCCAUCCCGCAAGAUGUCUGAAACAGGCGACGAGUCGGGCACGCCGGCCAUGGCGACGAGCAACGUUCCUCAGUCGAGCGUGCCUGCGACGGUGGCCAUCCAGAGCCUGACCGAGGUCAUUCCCGCGGCCGAGCAGCCGCUGAUGUUUUUCCUCAACGAGGGCGACGAGGAGCUGCCCGAAACGUGGCACGACAUGACGCGGCUCUUCCUGACGCCGGCCGAGAUGUACGCCGAGACCGCCCUGCCGCCCGGGUCGCACACCCCUCCCUACCCCAAGACCCUCAACUUCCUCCACUACUUCGGCUGGAAGGCCAAGCUCGAGCUGCUCCUCUGGACCCUGCAGGCCGUCAAGCCCCUCGACAGCUGCAACGGGGAGGCCAAGCACCCCCCCGAGCAGCAAGGGGAGGAGGGAGCGGAGGGGCAGGGCGGUGAGCCACAGGGCGGUGCCGGUGACAAGAGGGAGAGCGACAUGACGGCCAUGGAGCUGCACCUCAAGAACCAGCGUGAGUUCGUCGCUCGCCUGUUCUUCCACCUGUUCCGCGGCGACCUCAAGAAUCGUCUCAAGGCGCUCGAGCAGGACGUGUCCAAGAACACCUUCGCCGUGUUUGUCAACGAGGCGGGCAACCUCGUGGGGUCCAAGCUGGGGCGCGAGCAGGUGCCGCUGAUCCAGAACCUCAUCCAGAGGAUCAACGACACACAACUGGCGCUCGGUGAGCCCGCGAGAGGUGGACAGGGAGGGAGGGAGGGAGAGCGGGAGGAAUGCACCGCACACACAGACACAGACAGGCACACGCACACCAGCAAUCUGCAUAUUAUCAGCAAAGACGUCAGUCUCUCGUGUCGGUGUGAGUGUGUGAUGGUGCAGAUGACGCCAGUCGUGUGAGGGAGAUGGUGUCAGACGAGCUGAUGGACAUCCUCCGUGAGAAGUUUGAGUCGCGCCUGCCCGGUGGCCGGUGGGUGCCCUUCAACGCCCGCAUCCUGAAGGAGGCCUUCUCGGAGUUCCUCUCUUACGACUGCCAGAUCGACAACGCCACCACGCUCGGCCACCUGUGCUCGCCCGGCUGGAACGACAUCAUGUACGACAUCCUGCUGCCCUGCCACGAGUGGCUCGAGAUGCGCCUGACGCACGGCGAUGAGGGAAGCCAGGGAGGUGGCAACGCCAGCGGUGGCACACAGUGGUUCUGCCGGCUCAAGUGCAAAGGUCAGUCAGUCAGCCUGUCAGUUGGGGGAUCUUAGAGCGAGAGAGAGACGGAGAGGAGGGGUGGGUGGAUGAACGGGCGAUCUGAUCUGAUCUGAGUGGUGGUUGGCUGUUUGGUGUGUUCAGUGUCGGCAUCUGAGAGCCGUCGCGAGCGCUACGCGAGCGCCAAGCAUUUGCUGGAGGCGGAGCUCAUCAACUACCUGACAAAUUACCAGCACGCCCAGGCAAGCUGAGCCGGCCCCCACACCCACCCCACCCCGCACCGAUCAGCUCGCUGCUCGCCAUCCGUAGCCAUCUUUUCCCUGUCUCUGUGUGUGUGUGUGUGUGUGUGUGUGGUUCAGGUGCCGGCCGAGCAGGCAGUAGAGUACCUGAAGAGGGCCUUUGCGGCCCCAGCGGCCGACGAGGAGCGGAUGGAAGAUGACAGUGAGGACAGCCACCACCGCCGGCAGCAGGACCAAGAGGCGCAGCGAUACGACUGGAUCUCCGAAUUCCUCGCGCGCGACACACACGACGGCACACACGUCGACAGACUGCGCAAGCUGCUCAAACGGUAGGUACCCACACACAAACCAGACAACACGAACAUGCAACACACCACGGUACCAUGUGUUUCGUGUGUGUAUGUCCUUCAUUCAGUUCUGGCUGUGAGGGUUUCGAGCUCAUCCGUUCCGGCUCCGGUGGCGUGCGGCUGCAGAUGGCCGGCGCGUCAUCAUCCGCCACCCACCACGUGGUCGAGCCGCAGGCCGAGGGCGAAGGAGACGACGCCGAAGGCACUGGCGAUGCAGCCUCCGAGCAGCAGCAGCAGCAGGACCGGGACCACCGCCACGAGCAAGGCGGCGACGAGGUGGACCUGUUGGCUGUGCCGUCGCAGUACCAUGAGGGCGGGGGCAGCAUGGACGAGGAGGAUGCCUUGUGGCAGAGCGACGGGAGUGAGGACGAGGGCGGUGAGUUCGAGUUGGUAGACGAGCAGGGGGGCGGGGUGCCGCUGGCUGGCGGCGGCGUCGGCGGCGGGGGGUCGGCACACCACACACCCAGGGCUGGCGGCAUGCAGAUGGACCAGCAGGGGCGGGUUGACAGUGUUGGCACCGAGGGCGAGUCCUCUGAGGGCAAAAAGAGAAAGGUAAAUGCGGGGUGACACACCAACUAGACCAGACCAGCAAGAAGCGACCCGCCGCGGCGUUCACUUCACCUGUGUUGUGUGUGUGUUGUCGACUGAUUCAUGUCUGUCAGCGUAAGAGCAAGAAGAAGGAUCGCGUGGGAUCGCAGGAGGGCCCCCCGCCCAAGGUGGUGCGGCGUGAGGGCGCCCCGCUCGACUGGACCCACUACCUCAGGCCGGGCGUCUGGUGGAACUUCAGGGAACACGGCAUACCACACGGAGGUACGCAUGCCAUGCUGCAUGCACACACACGGACUUAGUCAGUCUGGGUGUUAGUUAGGUGUACUGUACACCCAUGUCAUGUGUGUGUGGUGGUUGUGUUGUGUGGCUGGCGUGGUGCAGAGCUGUCGUUCGAUCUGGUCAAGGAGCGGCUCAAGUAUUUCCACGAGUACGUGACCGAGGCUGGCUGGCUGGCACUCACGCGUCAAAGACACCCGUGUGCACUCUGUCUGUCUGUAUGUGUCUCGUCCGUGGAUCGAUCAGGCAUUUCGUGCCGUCGUAUCCCGGCAACCGUGACGAGGCGUUGGCCAAGAUCUGCUACCCAUACCAACACCUCGACAACGUCUACGAGUUCGAAAUGCUGCUCAACAAAAGGUAGGUAAUAUUACCUACCCGCGCCACAUAAGACAUCAGGCUCAACCCAACCAUCUGUCGCUGGUGCUCUGCUUGCCUGUGCGUGGCGUUAUGCCUGCCUGACAGCCUGGUGCAGAGUUUCAGUGAGACCAAGGGCAUGGACGACACGCGCAUCGGCCCACGGCCCGUCUACCGCGGCCCGCCGGCGUUCCAGCCAGGCCUCAUGGGGCCGAGACCAGACCUGCGACCGCCUUUCGUGCCCAUGCCAAUCGGAGUCAUGGGGGGCAUGGGGGCCAUGCCCAUGCCGGGACAGAUGCCGAUGCCGGGGCAGAUGCCUCCUUACGGCGGGGGCAUGCCAUUCACCGCAGGCCCCCCUGGCCCACCGCCCGAGAUGAUGUACGGUGUGGGCGUCGGUGUAGGCGUGGGUGUGGGAGGUGCCAACGGGAGCUUCCCUCUGCGACCACACUCCCAUCCCCCUCCCCCGCCCCCUCCGCCCCCGACGAUGGGCGGGAUGGGCUAUACAAGCCCACCGUCAGGGAGCCCGCCCGCAGGGCCUGUGGCUGCGGCGGGCAUGCACUCCACACACAUGCAGAUGCAGGGAGCACGGCGGCCACCACACGUAAAAGAGAGAGAGAAAGACUUUCGAUCACAACAGGGCAGGAGACAUGAAUCAAUGGUUCUUCCGGUGUGUGGUGUGUGGUGUGAUGGAUCGAUCAGCCUCCACCGAUGACGGGUCCCCGGCCGCCAGAGAGCAUGGGCGGCAUCCCCCAGCCACCGAGUGUGAUGAUGGCCACCGCCAGCGCGCCACUCGACAGCGGCACCGCUGCCCCCGUCCUCAGACCCGCACCCAGACAUCCACCCGUGCCAGAUCAAGCGAUGCAGCCGCGGCCCCCUGGCCCGCCAUCGCAGAAGCAGGAGACGCUGUUGAUCAUGCCCUCCGACACCGACAUCAUGAAGGCCAUCCCCGUGCUUCAGCAAAACGAGGAGAAGCAGACCCAUGAGGGCGGUGCAGGGCGGACUGGUGCGGCCGGAGGCGUCGCCCCUGCGCCGCCACAAGGGCCGGCACCCCCACCGGCCCCUGCUGCCGGACCGCCCCCUAUGGCGAAGGGCCCUGGUCCGACCAUUCUGCCCCCACCAAAGGUCAACCGUGGAUUCGUCCACACUGGCGCUCCGCCGGGCAGGGGAGGGCCCCCGCCACCGCAGCACCAGAGGAGGGACUCAGGCUACGGCGGUAGGCGAGGCGCCACACGGAAGACGAAGACUGCAUGUUACUUACUCGCACCUUCAUCCUUCGUGUCUUUUGGUGUCCGUUGCGUUGUCAGGAAUGGCCGGUCCCCAUGUGCCUCCUCCUAUGGGCCCUCCGGUGCCGAGCAUGCCCGAUAGCAGGGGUGACGUGUCGCGCCAGAUGGUCUUCUACCCCAAAGCCAAGACCACCGGCACCAACAGGCUCGGGUCGCCCCCUCCUCAAGGCGCCCCCUCCACCCCCAGCACCACUCCCCAGCAACCACACGCCCGCCCUAUGGGCGGCAGCCCCGCGCCAUACCCUCCUGCUCAGCAGCCUGACAUGCAGCAGCAGCAGCAGCAGCAACAGCACCAGCAGCAGGAGCAGUAUGGCGGCCCUCCACCGAUGGGGCCUGGGUCCGAUGGCGCCUAUCCGCCGCAGAGUCAGUGGGGCCCUCAGGGCGACCGCAGGGCGCCGCCACGCCCGCCAAUGGACUAUGCGCAGGGGGGUCCGGCGUAUCCGCCCAGCAGAGGCCGCCGGAGCCCCUAUCCCCCCGGUUGCGGUGGUGGUGGCGGUGGCGGCUACCAAUAUGACGAAGGGCAGCAGGGGUACGAUCAGGGUGGUGGGCAGUAUCAGCCCUACCCACAUCCACAGCAGCGCGGCGAGGCAGCUGGACGACCAGGCGGCUAUGACGGAGGCCAGUACUCUCAGUACGGGUGGCAGGACAAACCGGCGGCGGGCCAGGCAGGCGUGUCGCGCCCCUCCCCGGGCCAGCGAGACCAGCGGCCUCUCGACCGAUCGUCUGCUGGUGCCUCUCGCGGCGUGAGUGGCAGCUACGGGCAAGGCGGGCAGGGCUACCCCGGCCAGGGACAGAUGUACGGCCCUGGCCAAGCCCCAGCGGAGCAGCCGCAGAUGGUGUGGGACUACCAGACCGGCGAGUACGUGCCAGCGUCCCGCGUGUCAUCGCAGGCCGGCUCGCAGACAGGUGGGUCUGCCCCUGCUGUGAUGGGGCAAGAGGGCGGACCGGGCGGCCGCCAAGCAGGAGGGGGACCAGGACCGGGGGGCUACUACUGGGAGCCACAGGACGGUGGCUACCAGGGGAGACAGCCGCAGCAGGGGGGCAAGGACGGCAUGCAGUGGUACCCAGAGGGUGGCCCAGACUACCAGGCCGCACAGCCACAGGGACGGACGUCUCGCGGACCUCCCCCACAGUCCUAUGGUGGUGGUGGACCCCAGCAGCAGCCCUAUUACCAGGGCGGGGGCGGCGGGUACGGCCCUCAGCGACCACAAUCCGGAUAUGGUGGGGGAUAUGAUGGCAGCUAUGGGCCACCGCCUGAUGCUCAGAGGGGUGGCGGGAUGGCCUCUUCUGAUGGUGGUGGUGGUGGCAGCAGACAGCAGCAGGACUACUAUGGUGGGCCGCAGCAUGGAUACAUGCCUCCUGGGCAAGGUGAGGAGAGAAGCAGACAGAAAGACAGACAGGCAGGGAAGACCGAGACGGUCACAUGGAGGGGGCCAUCGUCUUGUAUUGCUUCUCGUCUAUGUGUCCAGGCGGCCCGUCUGCUCCCCAGAUGCGGCCCGGUUCCGGGUCAGCACCGAGUAUGGGAGGCCCGCCACCCUACCCCUCCCAGCAACCAGGCGGCCCCUCCCAACAGCAGCAUCAGCAGCAGCCUGACAAGAAGCCUCCCUAUCCCGGCCAGGCGCCACAGAGCUACGAUUACCCCUAUGGCGGCGGUGCGGGUCCUGCAGCUCCCCCGGCAUACCCGCCGAGUGGUCCGGCGGGCGCCGGGCCACGUGCGAGAGCCGGGCGAAUGGCUAUGGGGCCGGGGCAAGAGCAGCAGCAGCCGUAUGCCUUUCCGUCGUAUCAGUACCCGCAACAGCAGCAACAGCAGCAGCAACAGCAGCAGCCAUACAGCUAUGGCGGCGGCGGAGGGUACCGAUAGUUUGUCAGGGAGAGAGAGAGAGGCGCUCUGCGCGCGUGUGGUGUCUGCUUGGUCGGUCGACUGGGAGAGUUGGUGGCGGAACAGUAUUUUCGUUCGUGCAUCCUUCCUUGUGUGAGUGAAUAAGAAUGCGUCGGAGUGUGUGUGCGUGUGGAUGUCAUGCGCCAUGUGCGAGCAGCUGCGUAGCUGACGGGGCUUUCAAGAGCGGGUGGGUGGGGGAGGGAGGGAGGGAGGGCUUCACACAUACACAGACACGGAGGGAGGGAGGGAGGGAGGGAGAAGGGGAGAGGGGGACCGAGAAUUAGUUGAGUGUUUGUUGGGCCGGCCGACUGAGAUGAGAGGGGGAGUUGCCUGCCUGCCUGCCUUUCUGCCUGCGCAAUACUUCCAUGACGCCUGUGCGUGCGUAUAUGUUGGUCUUUUUGCUCACUUUCAAGGGCCACAUCCAUCGAAGGGAAAGCAGAGCUCAGGCUGAGGCGAGCGAUAAGUAAGGGGGUACAUGCCAUGGCCAUGCCGGUGUCGCGUCGAUCGGGCGAGAAACCUUCAGUGGCGGACGCCGAGGGCAUUCCAUCCAACACACAACACAAGCCGUAUACGUACGUCUCUGUACAUGUGUGUGUGUGUGUGUCAUUUCCCAUGUGUGGAUCAUGAGCACUGCUGAGCGAAUGUGCCUCUUAGUUACCCACUUACCCACCGAUACACAAGACAUGGACAUCUAAAGCCUCCGCCCCGGGACUGUUCUUGU